UUUCACCAGUUUUCAAAACUUGCCGUUUCAAGUUUAUCUGUCGUUUCCAGAGAGUCGAGUCUGCUUUCAAAUACAACAACCAGCUCCUUAUCAAGUAUUCGUCAUGCAAGUAAAAAGGCUGGAGGAAGCAGUAAAAACCCCAAAGGCAGACCAAAAGGCAAACACCGUGGAAUCAAGAAAGCCGAUGGCCACUGGGUAUCAUCGGGAACCAUAAUCGUUCGACAGUUGGGACUUGAUUAUCAUCCAGGUCUUAAUGUGGGCAUUGGCAGGGACCGUACGCUCUUUGCCAAGGAACAUGGCCGCGUACUCAUGACCACAGAGAAAGUGAAUCCCGACUGGAACAACAGGGUCAUCAAGCGCUUUUAUGCCGAGCUGAAGGACCAGCCAAAAGUUCCCAUUUUCAAGACCUACUUCCAUGUUAUUCCCGAGGAGCAGCAUAAGAAUUUCAAGCUUGUAGAUCAGAUAUGAAAGGGUUUGAGCGGAAUAGACCCUUAUUUAAUUUUUUCUUGUAAAUAGUGUUCAAAUAAAGUUCUAAAAAGAAUGUUUGAUUA